UUUAUUUGUUUUUACUUCCAAUCAAAAAUUGAGAUUUUGAAGAAGGGUCUGCCUCUGUUGAAACUUGAAUUUUUAGCCCCUCCAUCUCUCUCUCUCCCCAAUCUCUCUCUCUCUCUCUAACGUCAUUGUAGAGAGAGAAAAGCGCGGGAAAAGUUUUUCAUAGAACACGCUUCGAAAAACCCUAGCCAGUGCUAGAUCCUCAUCUUCACUCCGCCAAAAUUGAUUUUUGAAAAACACCCAAAAUUUCAAUCGAUGUCAAUUUCAUUCCAUUGAUUCCACUACUCUCAAUUUGUCGCAAUUUUUUUUAAGUUUCAGAAAAGGGGUUGAUGUAUUUUUAAUUAUUUUUUGUUGCAAAAAUGGAUGAUUUGGAGCUUGGUUGCUUGUUUCUAGGGUUUGGAUUCGGAAUCCAUGACGGGGCGGUCGCUGCUCGACGGUGGGGGAACAGUGAAAGGUAGCGGCGGCGGCGGCGGUGGUGGCGGUGGGACUCCGCGUCGUUUUGAGGAGCUUUUGGGUGAGUUCUUACAGGCUCUGAAUCUGUUGCGUCCUUAUCCUCCAAUGCUGGGUGAUGGGAAGAAGGUGGAUUUGUACAAGCUGUACAUGGUGGUGAAGGGGAAAGGUGGGUUUGAGGCUGUGACCAAUGGGAAGCUUUGGGAUUUGGUUGGGGAGGAGUCUGGGUGUGGUGUGAGGGUUGGUCCUACUGUGAAACUGUUUUAUGGUAAAUACUUGAGUCCUUUGGAUACAUGGGGGAAGAAAUUUGGUGAUAGUAAGGUGGUUCCUGAGUGUGUUUUGGUGGGUGAUAGGGAUAGGUUUGGUAGGUGUUUGAUGGAGUUGAAGGCUGAGGUGAGAGGGAUGCUAGAUGGCCGUGCUGCUGCGGAUGAGGUAGAUGGGGAGGAGGUCAAGUUGUGUGGGCUGAUGGAUGAGUCUGUUCUUGGGAAUUUGUGUGAGGGCAAUGAUCAAAUGGGAGUGUUGGAAGGGUUUGAUGGAGGGAAAAUGUCUGCUGAGCCAGAAAUCGAUGCAUCUGAUGCCGUGAACAGCAGCUUGCCUGGAUUGUUGAGUGAAGGUGAGAAGUGUGAUGAUGGUGUUGUGGUAUUGGCUUCAUCUGGUGGUGAUAGCGAGAAGUUUGGCUGUAAGAGGAAGAGGCAGUCUAUGCUUGAUUGGCUGAGAUGGCUUGCUGGUGUUGCGAAGAAUCCUUAUGAUCCGGCAGUUGGUGCGGUGCCUGAAAAGUCAAAGUGGAAUUCUUACAGUAAUCAGGAGUUCUGGAAGCAGGUUUUGUUGUUUCGAGAGGCUGUAUUUUUCAAAAAAGUGUUCGAGUCGAGCAGCGAGCAACAGACUUGGCAGACUCAGAAGAUGCAUCCUUGCAUGUAUGAUGAUCCCCAUGAGCCAGCCUACAAUCUUAGAGAGAGGCAGACAAGUAAUAAUAAGCCACCAUCCAGACAACUUACAUCAGCUGUGCGAAGGUCUUCCAAAUCAUAUCUAAGAACUGGAGGAGAAUCUGACAGUUCCUCUGGUUCAAAGACAGGUUUUGAUGGAUGUCCGGUAUUACCCAUCCCCCUAGGGCCGAGAAAUCAGGCUGAAGUACCAGAGUGGACCGGCUUGACUUCUGAAAGUAAUUCUAAGUGGUUGGGGACCCAAAUAUGGCCCUUGCAAAAAGUUAAUUCCAGACUUCUUAUUGAAAGGGAUCCCAUAGGAAAGGGAAGACAAGAUUUAUGUGGCUGCUCAGUGCCAGGUUCUGUUGAGUGCGUCAGAUUCCACAUUGCUGAGAAAAGGGCUAAAGUUAAGCUGGAAUUAGGUGUGGCUUUUCACCAAUGGAAUUUGGAUAAGAUAGGUGAAGAUGUUAGGAUUUUGUGGACACAUGAAGAAGAGAAAAAAUUCAAGGACGCUGUAGAAUGGGACCCUCCAUCUUCUGAGGAAUAUUUGGGAUAUUUCUGGGAUCCAAUUUUUAAAACAUUUCCUCAGAAGAGCACUGCAGAUUUAGUUAGCUACUACUUAAAUGUAUUUCUUUUGCAACGCAGAGGACACCAGAAUAGGCAUACUCCUGAUGACGCUAAUAGUGAAGAUGAUGAAUCACAAGAACCUCGAUUGAGGAGUGGUUUUGGACGUAAAUCAUGUGGCCCCAUCUCAUUAACCCUGAAAAAGCCACGGCCAAAGGGAAAGCGUAGGAAAUGAAUGUCUGUCAAAAUUGGAGCUUUGUUGAGAAUGGAUAUUUUGGCAAAUUUUUUUUUUAUCUUCACUGGCAAUUUUCAGUACUGAUGGAACUUCCUCCCCUUCUUUUGAAUAUGAAUCAUCAUUGCUUUUGAGGAGUAGAACUAGAAGGUUGGAAUUUGAAAGGUGGGUUUGGUGUAGGGUCAAUUCAGGAAAGAUGGUGUUUUUUUAAUGGUGGAAGCAGGAAAAGUUGAACAGCUCAGGAGUUGUAGUUUAUUUCAGUUACAUGCUUAUGAGUUGAAGAUGUGACUUUGUCGUUCCACAAUGAUACAGAAUGCAAGGUUUACUUAACACAGAAACCUUAGGAAUACAAAUCGACAUUUUGUUAUAGAGGGUCAUGGUCAAAUACAUAACAAUGCAAUUCAAAUUGUAGCUUUUGUUUUGAUGCUGGUUUAUGUUGGAUGUUCCUUUCUUUCUUUCAAUGCGAUAUAGAAACGGUUUUGGUUCAGAUAUUUUCAGUUUGGUUUAUUAAUUUACCUAUGCUUAGUGAUUGACUGUUCUAUUCA